AUGCUCAUAGAAGAAUUGGAUCGUCCGCCCUGCGUCCCAUGGCGCAUUCAACACGGAAUUAUCCACCGGAAAAGUGAAAGGCACUUGCGUCACGUUUCUGUGACGCCGCCACCCAGCACUAUUCGGACUCCUGCCCCAGGUCCGGAACGCAUCAAGCUGGCGUAUCUUGGACUCGGAGAGACGCUGUUACAUGAGCUUCGAAGCCUUUCUGAUUCUACCUUGGGACAGAAGAUGCAGGAAGUGGGCAAUCCGUGCUAUACGUUUGGCGAACCUAUGGUCAUCAUUCCG